AUGUACAAAGAGGUUCCCACCCCUACUGCACAGAGAAGACAAGAGGGAGAAAAAGCAACUGUAUUCCGCACGACCAAAGUCAGGGCCAAGCUGAAGGAAGAUGGUAGCUGGAUGAACCGCAACACUGAACCUGAGGAUCAACCUGCAGAAGAGAAGCCAUGGAUGGCAGAAUUAAGGGCCAGACGUCAGAAUGGAGAACCAACCAGUCCAGUGUCUUCACCCACUUCCACUGCACCACCCAAAUCUGACAAUCCAAAAUCGCCUUCCUCUGGUUUCAUGAUCAAGAAUGCUUUUAGCAAGCCUGUGUCAUCCUCCACAAGUACUUCCAAUGGCAUUAGUGGGAAAUCAGAACUCCCCCAAAGGCACUCGGAUGGCUACAAGAAAAUUGCUCCCCACACGGUGAAGCAAGCUACUGAUGAGGAGAGCAGGAUUAGUAGUGAGGAGCAGGUGAAACGCACGGCAGCAGCAAGCAAAGUCCUGAACAAAUCUGCGGCCAGACAGCGGUCUUAUGUGCUCUCUGCUGCUAAGAAAUUUGAGUCUCAAGCAGCUGAUGCUUCAGUGACUAGAGAAAGCACACCAUUUGUGGCUAAAAGGGUGGAGAUUGCGGAUGAUACUUCUACCAGAGCUCCACUCCCCUCCCCUGUCAUCCCCGUCACAUCUGUCGCAUCUCCACCACAACCACCUAAGACACAACACAUAGUCAACUCAAGUGUCAAGACAGCCGUUGUCACUGUUAAUGAGCCUCCAAAGGUGGAGGUGCCCCCUCCUGAGCUUGUGAGGGAGAACCAGAGUAAGGACCAACUUGAAGACACGAGACCAGACAGCACCAAGGUGGCCGCACCGCUCCCUGAAAUCAUCGCUGAUUAUCUUCAAGUUGUUUCCAUCCAUUCAGAAAAUGUUGAUGUCCCAGAAACUGAUGACUCUAAGCUUGUCUUAAUCAGUGAAGAACCAGAGCUUUCACACAACUCAAGCUCCAAAGUUGAAACGCUCACCGCCUUGUACGAAAACCUCAAUCCAAAUGACUCGAACUCAACCAGUUUCAAGGAUGACGAGCCAGGGCUGGCAACAGAAGAGGAAGUCUCAGUGGACGAUUACUUAGAGGAAAGUGAGGAAGUGGAUCCAACUCCAGAAUACAUCAGCAACCGUGAAGCAAAAACAGAGGAUCUCUUCAAUCUCAUUUCUAGCCCAGAAGAACCUGAACAGCCCAUUCCCCCCAGCCCAGUGCGUUUGAGUCGGGAUCUGCACACAGAAUUUGAAAGCAGCACAGAGACUGGCACUAUCACCACCGAAACUGUAACCAUUAUUGAGAACAGCAAGGAGCAUGACCCCUUGAGCUCACGUGUGACCACCACAGUGACUGAGUUCAGCUCGGCUGAUCCAUUUGAUCCGUACUCGAUAGGGACCACAUCCCCAAACAGCUCCUCUGACCUGCUGCAGCCCCUCUCGGAUAUUUCCAUCAACAGUUCAUCACAGAUUUUCGUGGAGAAGAACGAGCCAGAGAUCAUUAUGAACAAGGAUGCCCUGACAUCGCUUGCUGAUGAUGUCAUCCCCAUCGACACCACCGCCACAAGCCUCAGCACUCACAGGUCGUGGGCACGCACGUGGGAAACCACAACGCCUCUGCAGACCGACUCAGAAGAGAGCCAAGGAGUAGGCCAACAAGAGGAACAACAGACUCUGGUUAGGUUUGAGAGAAAGUCAAAAGAAAAUGACUCACCAUGGGAUAGGUGGACAUCCCCAUCUGUGUAUACUAUCCCUAAAACUCCUGUGGAAGAGGAUGAGGAUGAGGAAGUGGAGAGCCGAGAGGAGUCUUACAGGGAAACAGUUACAACCAUCACCACCAUCAGGGAGACCUUCGGCGAACAGGAGGGGCCGACAAUGGAUCGGACCGUGCUGGUAGAGGCUCCGCGUGUCCCCACACCAGAACCUGACACUAAAAAGCCCUUUGUGUACGUGAAGGAGUAUGUCAAUACCACAGAGCUGGCCAGCCAUAAUGCCACAGACUCAAUCAAUAGCUGGUCCUCUUCUUAUUCCAGCUCUCUGUCCUCCCCUUGCACAUACUGUGGACAGCUGGUAGGCAACGAUGCCAAGAUCACCAUUGAGCACCUUAACAUUAGCUGUCACCCGGAAUGUUUCAAGUGUGCUUCAUGCUGGAAACCGAUGGGCGACCUCAUCGACAACAUGUUCCUGCACGGAGGCAAAGUCCACUGUGAAAGCUGCUACUCUGCAGCCUUCGAUUGA